AUGUUCGUCAGAAAGUUCCACAGUUCGACCAAGGCAUUGUCGGACUUCAGUCAUGUUAUUAUAGGUGGGGGAAUCAUAGGUACUUCCAUAGCAGCAGAAUUAUCCAAAAAAUCCACCAGUAAUAAUAUACUUCUCAUUGAAAAAGAGGGAAGUCUUGGGACUGAAACAACUUCAAGGAAUAGUGAAGUGAUUCAUGGAGGUCUAUAUUACCCGAAAGAUUCCUUGAAAUCCAAAUUUUGCAUCGAAGGGAAAGAGCUUAUAUAUAAUGCCCUCAAGACAGGAACUUUUAACCCUUUACAAGUAGGGAUCAAUCAAUGUGGUAAACUUAUAGUUGCUCAAAAUGAUGAAGAGAUCGAACAAUUGGAAAAAAUCCACCAAAUAUGUAAUGAUGUUGGUGUAGAAACAAACUUUGUGUCCAAAGAAACAGUCAAGUCCAAAUAUCCGCUUUUAAAAGCUCAAUUGGCUUUGAACUCUCCUUCAACUGGUAUAAUAUCAGUCCACGAUUACCUUCUUUACUUCCAAACAAUUUUCGAAAAUAAUCAAGGUACUGUUGUAUUCAAUACCAAAGUAAAAGACAUUGAUAAGCAGAACGAUUCAUAUGUCAUUAAUUGUCAAGAUGAAGAUGGUGAAUUUGAAAUUUCUUCCGACGUAAUUAUAAAUGCUGGUGGACUUCAUGCCCCUAAGAUAUCAAAUUAUUUAUUACCCCCAGACCGUAAAUACAAAGGAUACUAUGGUAAAGGUACGUAUUUCGCAUAUCAACCUAAGGAGAACCCUGGUAAAAUGGUGGAUACUUUAAUUUAUCCUUGCCCCAAUCCCAAUGCGGCUUCAUUAGGUACCCACUUAACUUUUGACAUGGGUGGACAAAUUAAAUUUGGUCCUGAUUUAGAGAUGUUAGACAUAGAAGAUCCCGAUGAAAUCGACUAUACUCCCAGUGAGAGGAAUCUUAUCGAAGCUCACAAAGCUGUAACAAGAUAUUUACCUCAUAUCAAACUAGAUGAGUUAGUGCCCAGUUAUACAGGAGUAAGACCUAAAAUUGGACAUCCUAAAGAUGGAUUUGCAGAUUUCAUUGUUAAAGAGGAAGAAGGAUUCCCAGGAUUUUUCAAUUUAUUGGGAAUCGAAAGUCCCGGAGUUACUUCAGCAUGGGCAAUUGCCAAACAUGUGAGUAAUUUAGCUAAAUAA